AUGCAUAACGAGUCUCUGUCAAGUAAGCAAAUGGCUAAUGUUAUCGAUUUGUCAGUAUAUUCCGGAAUUCUCUUGAAAAAAAUACACGUGGUCGAUGUCAGCGAAAAGUAUGGGCCAGGACAUCGUGGACUUUUCGCGGCUGAGGAAAUUUCUGCAGGAGAAAUCAUUCUCAAAAAUGAUCCAACAACCACGGCAUUUUAUCCAUUUGGCGAUGAACGUGGAAUUUACACUCUAGAAGAAUUUUAUCGGUUGAUUAGUGAGCAGUGUGACCCCGAUGUCAAGAAGUAUCUUAUGAGGUAUUCAUUACAAUACGAUGAUAAACAUGUGAUGGUGCCUAAAAAUUACUUAACACGUGAUAUAAUCGAUCUGUGUGUGUUUAUGAAUCAUUCAUGUGAAGCGAACUGUUCUCAGUUAGAUGUUAAGCAAGUAUCUGCUCUUCAAGACAUCGAGCCGGGAUCUAUGUUAACUGUCGACUAUGGUCUCUAUAAUACAGACGACAUGCAAUUGCUUCCUUUUAACGUAUGCCGUUGUGGUGUAACAGCAUGUGCAGGGAAUGAUGUAUUCAAACGUUACAAACAUCACGAUUGGCAACAGAAAUACUAUGAUUACUGUUCGCCAUAUGUUCAAGCAAAAAUCGACGAAAUCCGCAAGCAACGAGAGAAAGCUUAA